AUGAACCUCGACACCACCGCCGACGUCCGCAGAGGUCUUGCGACCGCCUUCAAAGCACUCGUUGUGCGUUCAUCGCGUUGGCUCGUCGAGCUUGCCGAACGAUGCGGGUGGCAGGGACUAUAUGCCUACAAAAAGAUCAGUGAGCUGGCGUCUACGUUCCAAGGGAAUUCAGUCGCAGAGAGUGAUACGCUGGUUAUCAGCAUCCGCCUGGCGUCGGAGCUUUUAGCACAGAAAUAUUGCCUGCCUCCACCGGGCGAUCGAACAAGCCCUCUGGCCAUGUACGAGAGGGGAGUAUUCAACGAGAUGGCGGCGAGAAUGGCCACACUGCCUAACGGUCAUCGGAGCAGCGAGUUCAAUGCGGCGGUCCUUCCUCGAUGCCGAACUAUGGUGGAGGCUAUCGGACAACGCAUGGCCUACGAGGUAGCACUGCAUUCUGGGAAUGUGAUUCCGGAAGUGCUCGAUCUCUUCGAGAAAUGUUGUUUGCACACGACACUAGAGCCGAUGGACUCCACAAAGAAGCUUCAGGCAUCCGUGAUAAACGCCGGAUGCCGCUUCUCUCGUCCGGCAUCUAGCCGGCGAGCUCCCGUCAUCAUUGCAGCGGUUUUACUCAUCUCCAUCAGCACCUACUUCCUACACAGCCUCAACGAUCAGCACUCCAUACCGCCCCAUAUCUGGCAGAUCAGUUUACCGAAAGCCAACGGCAUGAAUGACUCCGUGAUAUGGACGACGAUGGAGCGCAUCAGCACGUGGCUGGCCCUCAAUGGAGGACAUACGUACAACAGCUUCGUGAAGUCACACUACGGUAAUACCUCCGACGUCUAUCACACGUAUGAACAACUGAGCAAUGCUGGUAUGGGAUCCAGUCUGCUUCGAUAUCUCCUCCUGGAAGCUGGAGGCGGAAUCUAUACCGAUCUAGACACUAUCGCCCUGAAGCCCAUUGAAACAUGGGUUCCAGGCCACCUGCGGAGUCAUGUCCGCUUGGUUGUCGGCAUCAUAUACGAUCAGCAAGACCAUGCGCCACCAAAAGACAAAGCUUACCCGUUGCAAUUUGCCCAUUCGACAAUUGCUGCUGCACCUGGGCAUCCGGUUGUCCACAACAUGAUAUCCCAGGUGGUCACGUCCAUGAGGCGUCCUACGGCUCAAGACGGAGUCGACGAGGCAAAAGACAGGCCUAGCAACCUCGAUAUUUCGUAUCUCACCGGUUCCGCAGUGUGGACCAAAGUCUUAUUUGACUACUUGCAAUCUAUCAACUCAGACUUGACGGACAUUAUGAGUUUCUCAUAUUUGGAAAGACCGACAUUGUGUGGAGAUGUGCUCGUAUUGCCCAUCGACGGCUUUGGCAUGGGUCAGAACCUUUCGGGGAGCACCAAUAAUGGGCGGAUUCCGGACAAUGCACUUGCAAGCCGCUUGAUACCCAGCUGA